CGGAAAACGUGAAGGAGAAGAAGAGUGAAGGAAAGAAUAACGGCGAGGGCAAGCUUCUCUUUAUACACUCUACACACCCAUGGAAACAACCGUACCUACAGAGUACAGUCUGACAACACCUUGCUGCAUGUUUUGUGAUUAAUUAACGUGUCUCCAUGUUUUCAGCGUAGCGUAUUUAUAUUUGAAAAUCUCGACUCGACCGUUAGUAGCUUGCUAGCUAGCGUUUUCCAAGUAACUAGCUAAAACAGCUCGCACGUUCAUCGCCAUUUUGCGCAUUCGACCGCUCAAGACUUUUGCAAACAACAAGGUGGUGUAGUUUGUAGCAUGGCAGAGGCAGACCGACCAGGGAAGCUCUUCAUCGGGGGACUGAACACCGAGACCACCGAGAAGGCCCUUGAGCAAUACUUCAGCAAAUAUGGCAGGAUUGUUGAAGUUCUUUUGAUGAAAGACCGGGAGACAAACAAAUCCAGAGGCUUUGCUUUUGUUACUUUUGAGAGUCCGGGUGAUGCAAAGGAUGCAGCACGUGAGAUGAAUGGAAAGUCUCUUGAUGGCAAGCCUAUCAAAGUGGAACAAGCUACAAAGCCUCAAUUUGAGAGUGCUGGCAGGCGAGGACCCCCCAUGCAAUCACGCAGUCGUGGUCCACCCAGGGGGCCCCGUGGUUCCAGGGGUGGUAUGAGAAGUCCACCAUCCAGAGACUACUAUGAUAAUUCAGGGAAUGUAGAACCCUUCUUUAAAGGGAUGUCAUCCCGAGGCCCCCCGGCAAUGAAAAGAGGACCCCCAAUUCGUAACGGAGGUCCCCCAGCCAAGAGGUCUGCCCCAUCUGGUCACAUGAGCAGAACCCCCAUGUCAAGAGACCGGGAUCCCUAUGGCCCAGCCCCUCCUCGCAGAGACUCCAUGAUGUCUAGGAGGGAUGACUAUCCAUCACCAAGAGAUGAACAUUACAACUCCAAAGAUAGUCGGGAUUAUAAUUCGAGAGACUCAAGGGACUACGGACCUCCUCAAAGAGAUGAUUCAUGCAGAGAAUAUUCCAACUCCAGUUCCCGAGACGACUAUGGCUCAAUGUCAAGAGGAUACAGUGAUCGCGAUGGCUAUGGGGGAGGCCGAGAACCCAGAAAUUACAUGGACCGUUCAAGUGGUGGCUCCUACAGAGAUUCAUAUGAUGGUUACGGUAACUCUCGCAGCGCCCCAACUUCACGGGGUCCCCCACCAUCCUAUGGUGGGAGCAGUGGAAGCAGUCGUUACGAUGACUAUGGCAGCAGUUCCCGAGAUGGCUAUGGCAGUCGUGACAGUUACCCCAGCAGUCGGAGUGAGCCAUAUCCACCUAGUCGUGGCGAGCGAAUGGGCAGGCAGGAGAGGGGCCCAGCUCCCCCUGUUGAGAGAGGCUACCCUCCUCGUGAUUCGUACAGCAGCUCAAGCCGUGGAGGGCCACGCGGUGGCCGCGGUGGCAAUCGACCCGAUAGAGGGAUGGCUCGCAGCAGAUACUGAACUGGACUUGGAAAUCACAUUAAAGCAAACGUUAGUCAACGUGCACAGUUACAAGUGUUUUGGAAGAAAUCUAACAAGACAAACUAGCCAUGUCUAAAUAUGUGGAAAGUGAGGCUUAGCUUUGACCUGUACCUUGAAUUUCCAGUUUUUUUUAUGUGUAAAAGUUUUUUGUUUUUUUUUAGUGUUUCUCUUGUACAUGUAACAGUACAGUUACAAAGUUAGUGUUAGUUUUUGUACAUCAGUGCUGUUGGAAACUGCAAUGCCUUAUCCGUCUGGCUUUCCUACUCUAAUAAAGCUUUUAGUUGUACCUUGA